AUGCUCACAGUGAACGCGGAUGGGAAGAUAAUGGUCAGGAGAUGCCUGGUCACCUUGAGACCCUUUAGGAUAUUUGUGCUGGGCAUUGGAUUUUUCACCCUGUGCUUCUUAAUGACGUCGCUGGGAGGGCAGUUCUCAGCCAAGCGCCUGGGCGACUCGCCCUUCACCAUCCGCACUGAAGUGAUGGGUGCACUGGAGUCCCGUGGGGUGCUGCGGAAAAUGAGCGACAUGCUGGAGCUGCUGAUGAAGAGGAUGGACAUCCUGGCCAGACUGGAGAACAGCAGUGACUUGCACAAAGGGGACGACGGGCACUUCCCUCUGGACAG